AACAGCAGCACGAGCAGGAGGAGAAGGAUAUGGCCGAAGUGGAACGUUUACUGCAUGAUCAUGAACAGGUCGAAGAGAAGAGAAUCCGUCUGAUAUCGCGAGGAAAAAUUAUCCCCUCACCUCCCCACGUGCUGCAAAAGGAUGUAACUAGGACGAGACUUCUCAAGCAAGAUUUGUGAGUACUACAAACUGGCUCUCGAUAUUGCUACAACGAGGUGGCAAAGGAGAAAGGCACACUUGCGGCCUGGUUGUACCGGCAAUUUCUUGUCAAUGUGCAUGUGGGCCACCACCAGUGUCUCUUGUUUACUGACAUGUCACCAGCUUGCUUUCUGUAUUCAAAGUCAAACCCAGCAACAGAGGCAGAUGAAGUUGCUAUUGCUUAUUGAGAAUCUCUUAAAUGGUGGGGGAGAUAAUUUUUCAUUUCGAUAUCAAAUUGAGGAGAAGGUGGCCCAAUACGCAAGACAGGAAGAGGAGCAAAAAGAGCGGGGUCACAGAGAGAGAAUGAAAUACUUGUUGGAGUACAAAAGGCGGAGCGCGAAAGCAAUAGAGAACAUUGAUCCAAUCCUCGCCCUAAAAAGCGCGCGCACAAAGGAAAAAAGGAACAAGAUCAUUUACGAAGAUUUGCCACAGCAGGCGGUGCUGCAAGGUCGCUCCCGGGAAAGCGUCGAGAUGGAGAAGAGGGUAAGGCAGCAUAAAAAG